CCUGGACGCCACGUCCAAGCCAAGCACCCGAUGCCGUCGCCACCUGCCGCUCUAGCGGUAUAAAAAAGGAGCCUAUCCCCUUUUGCAACCCUACUGAAUCUCCGCUGUCCCAUCCGCCGAAGAAAUCUCUACUUCUCAAAGACGCUUCGCUGCCGUCUAGUAACUUGAAGCCAACGCAGGCGUCGAUCUAGUCACUGUGUAGAGAGUUUUGUUGGGCGUUGAGCAGAGUCGUUUGAUCGAUCCGAAGGAAAAAUGGGCAAGUCGUGGGCGCUCAUCACCCACCUCCACACCGUCGCCGGGCCGAGCAUCACCCUGCUGUACCCUCUGUACGCGUCGGUGUGCGCGAUGGAGAGCCCGUCCAAGGUGGACGACGAGCAGUGGCUGUCCUACUGGAUCAUCUACUCCUUCAUCACCCUCCUCGAGAUGGUCGCCGAACCCGUCCUCUACUGGAUACCGAUAUGGUACCCUGUGAAGCUGCUGUUCGUGGCGUGGCUGGUGCUGCCGCAGUUCAAAGGCGCCUCCUUUAUCUACGAGAAGCUCGUCAGGGAGCAGCUGAGGAAGUACCGCGCCAGGCACCUGCGCACGGGCGCCGCCGCGGCCGCCGCCGACGACCAGAAGGUGCACAUAGCCAAGGUAGACUGAGGGCGACCAUCUGCAGUGAAGGCGACGAGAUCGGGCAGAGAUCAGCAAAAACUUCUGUAGAUUCAGUGCUGCUCGUGUAUCCUAGCUAGAUAUAUCGCUGUUCAGUGGACGUUCAACACACUCCUUCAUUUGGCGCGCAUCAUGUAUGUGAACUCCGAAGUGUGUUCGUGACCCCGUACUUGCACGAAAUGCUUCUGCUGCAAAAGCGAUAAGGUGUAUACAGUUCUCGGCUAAGUAUACGUUGUGUUGACCUGUAUGUUUCA